AAAAUAUUAAAAUGGCGGCCGUUUGAAUCGGUGUCGGUGUUUUUAUCAAUCUUUUCUAUACUAAAGUAAAAUAUUUUUUCCAUAACAUAAUAAAAAAAUAAUCUAUAAUUUUUUAAUAAUUUAUGUCCUCUGUAAUCGUAAAAAAUAACUCUUCAUAUGACAAAGUAAAUGCGUAUUCGUCUCAAUUAAUUGUGUACUUGGUAAGACCAAUGUUUUUCAAUUAUAAUGUCAAAACAAGGAAAAAGAAAAAUUACUGUGGAAUUGCCGAAAACAAAGGACCUAGCAAAUAGACCCAGUGUUUUUGAGCGUCUUGGGACCAAAAAAACUUCUAGUACAAGUGGUAAAAAAACAAGUGAAUAUUGUAGACAGUGGGCACAACACGGCAGUUGCGCUUACGGCAAAAGCUGCAAGUUUGCUGUUACGCAUACGUUAAUAAGUCCAUCGAAACAGCGAGCGGCUAAUAAAGAUAGUGAUCAAAAGAAUUCGGUUAAAGAUGACCCUAAAAGCAGAUUGCAUUCAACAGUGGUAGUUAGAACAGGGCGCAGUCCAGAUGGAGAGAUCGAUAAUUGGGAUCAAAGUGACCUAGAAUAUGCUGACACAGACGUAUUGGAGAAAAGGAGACAGCAGUUGCAGCGCGAAUUAGAAUUGCAGUUGAAAAUGGAUUCAAGUAAAGAUAUGCGUAAAGAUAAGAAAAAAAUGGCAUCCAGCUCAUCUUCGUCUCGUAGCUCCAGUUCCUCGAGCGUAUCUUCGUCUUCUUCGGAUGGUACUACAUCAUCAUCUUCAUCUGGCAGAGAUGCUAAACGAAAAGUGAAAAAAACAAAACUUAAAAGAAAUUCUAGCUCUUCUUCUGAUGGUGAGACCCCAUCUAAAAAGAAAUUGAUAAAAAAUGACUCUUUAAAAAGGGACAAAAGUGAGUCAAAAAAGACUAAUGUCAAAAAAGAUGACAGAGUGUUGAAGAAAACUGAUGUAAAGAAAAAGACAUUGACAAAGGCAGCAUUAGGAAAGAAGUCUCUUUCGCCAGGGAAAAAGUCUGGAGGCACUCCGCCGAUUACAUCUAAAAGUCUUGCCACCAAAAGUGCUCCUAAGCAUGCCAAAUCACCACCAAGAAGGGAAAGAAACAGAAGUAUUUCUCCUCAUUCAGCGAGAGACCGUGACAAAGAUAGGGAAAGAAACAAAGACAAAGAUAGAGAUAAAGAAAGAGAGAAAGAGCGCGAGAAAGACAAAGAUCGUAGCAGAGGUCGAAGUCGCUCUCCCAAAAAGGCUAGAUCAAGAUCGCCUCGUCGACAUGGGUCACACCCAAAGGAUCCAAGAAGAAAAGACAGCUCUGAAAGGAGCAGACCAGUCUCGCCAAAGAAACUAAUUAGAAGAGAAGGCAGUUUGGAACGGCACAGGAAAAGGUCUGCAAGCAGAGACAGAGAAAGGACUCGGGAUCAUAAAGAUAGAUCCCUGGAAAGAAGAAAAGAAAAACAUGAUGAUAAAGACAGACAUGACAGAAAAGAUAGGGGAAGAGAUAGAAAUAAAGAUGUAAAAAGAGAUGAUAAUAAACGAAGGGGUCGGGAUAGAGGCUUAGGUGGCAGAGGUGGAUCUGAUAAAGGCUUAGAAAAACCUAAUAAGCCAAUGGAAAGACUUCUACCUCGGCCAGAGGAACGAUUAGCUGCUCUUGCAGCAAUUUCAAACAGAACAAUAGAAAGUGAUAAAAAUUCAACAACUUCAAAGGACAGACAAGACAAUCAUUCUGACAGAGGUGGAAGAAAACAAGAUAGAUUAGAAAGAGAUCGUUCAACUAAGAGAGAUAGAUUAGACAGUCUAGAAAGAGAACCAGGUGAUUAUGAAAUGGGCAUGGAACGUCAGUAUGAUCAUGGUCAUAACAUGGAGCACUAUGACAGAAUAGAUGAUCGUUUUGAUGGAGUACCCAGGGAUGACGAAAGAUCUCCUGGGUAUAUUCAAGGAAGAGAAAGACAUUAUGACCCUGGAUAUGAUAUGGCUGGGCCUCCACGUUAUCCGGAAGAUGAGGAAAGAAUUUACGGUGAAUCAAUGGGUGAUCAUAGAGGAGUUGAUAUAGGAUAUGACGACCGGCGGCCACAUCACGAACAUUCAUGGGAGGGUCGAUCUGGGUCCAUAGAUCGCGAACGUGGAUACAUACAUCCACAUAAGGAUUGGGAUAAUGAAGAUUAUCGUGGUCCAGGAGAUUGGGGUAGGGAGCGUCAUUGGCCAAUUCAUGAUUCUCAGAUGCCUGAGUGGGGAGAAAAGGAUGCCGACAUGGAAGUUUGGCAUCAUCGCGGACAUCCUCCCGGGCCACAUCGUGGUAGACAUCAUGAAGAUUUUAAUCGUGGAAUACGAAUGGAUCUUGGGAGGAAUGAUAGCAACAAACGCCGUGGUCCAAGGAACGAACCGGAACCUACAGUCAAAGAAACUCAGCCACCUGUAGCUUCAGCAUCUGCUCCAUCAACACAGGAAGAACCUGAAGUUGAAGACAAACCAGUGCCCGAUGAUCUUAGUGAAAUAAGUGAUGAUCCUGACGAUAUUUUGGAAAGAGAAGAUAUGAUAGACCAAAACAUAGAGGAAGGAAAUGAAGCAGAAAAGGCAACUGAUGAAGUAACAUCAAAACCUGAGGGAUCUGAAAAAGAGUCAACACAGGAUACUAGUGGCGCUGGUGAAGAGAAAGAAUCGCAAGAAGGAAAAGAUGAUGAUGAUGUCGCCAAUUUAGAUUUUGAAGAAAUAUCUGAUGGAGAAUUAGAAGAAGAACGAACAAGAGCUGGUUUAGGAGAUGCAUUGGGAGUGGACUGGGCAAGUUUGGUGGCUGAUGCGCGACGCCGAGAACAAGUUCCUUCCACUGGCGGGGCUCGAGAUCGUUGGCGGCCAGAACGUGUUUUAGCUCGUAUUGGCCUAUCUUUACAUAUGGCUGGCAAAGACAUAGUACAGAAUAUUCUAGACAAAAAUGCGGAGUCUCUUCAAGCAGAGAAGGGCCAACAAGAGUCAAAUAAUGUUGACAGUGCUGUGGUACAGAAUGGUGAAUGUGAAGAUAGUUUAGAGAAAGAUAUUGCUAGAGAUGUUAAUUCUCUACAUCCAGUUGCUGCUAUUCAGGUGUCUAUCGAAAAGAGGAAACGCCAGCGUGCUGUGUUAUUUGGAUCUGGCUGCGAAAUAACACGUGGUUUAAGUGCACGACGCGAUUUAGCCUUACGAAGAUAUUUAUGUCAUUUACCAGCUACUGAGCGUACAGGGCAGUCUCGCGUCGCCCCGCAGCCAUCUCUAUUUCAUGCAGCACAAGCUUUAUUGAUGCAAGAACCAAUGACUGGCUGACAAAUGCCAAAAACAAAUUAAAUCUAGAUAAUGUUCAUAAUGAAGUAUUUUGGGAAUGAC